UUUCUGUAGAGCGUGCACGACAACUUCAAGACAUCAAGAUGGUUCGCUACGCCGCUGCCGCCCUUGCCACCAACCCUGAAAAGACAUCUCGUGCCCGAGGCGAAUACCUUCGCACUCACUUCAAGAACAUGCGGGAAGUGGCGGCUGCUCUUACUGGGCUCAAACUUACCAAGGCAUACACCUAUCUUAGCGAUGUGAAGGACCACAAGCAGGUCAUUCCUUUUAGGCGGUUCGCCGGUGGUGUUGGGCGAGCGAGUCAGGCUAAACAAUUCGGUGCUACGCAAGGUCGUUGGCCCGAGAAAUCCGUUAAAUUUAUCACUCGUCUCCUGAAGAACGCUGAAUCGAACGCCGACGCGAAAAACAUCGAUGUUGAAGACCUAGUCAUCAGAAACAUUGUUGUACAACAGGCACCUAAAACUCGUCGUCGCACAUAUCGUGCCCACGGUCGUAUCAACCCUUACCAAGGCCACCCUUGCCAUGUUGAGAUCAUUCUCGCAGCCAUGGACGUGGAGGUCGAGAAAAGCACUGACAAGGUUUCAAGCGCCUUGACCGGUCUGAACAGACGGCAAGUUGCCCGCAGACGUAUUGAGGCCGCCCGGGCAUAGAAAAUUCCAGACGACAGGAUUAGGUGUAACAUACCGCUCUAUGUUUCCAUGUACAUGAUCCCUUCCUAUGCGCC